CAAUAAACGGGCAUAAUGUCAAUAACCCUUGAAAUACUUAGUGGUUACACAAAAAUAAUGUCUCUUAAUGCAUAUUACUCACACACUUUAUCUUCUAACACUAACUGAUCACAGUCCUUCAUUUUCUAAUUGUUUUAUUUUAUGCAGGCCAGAAAAAAUAAACAUAUAUAUGAACCUUCAUCCAAGUUUUGGAGACCCAACAUUCCAUCCACAAUCAUAGUAGACUUUCUUCUCAGUUCACAUGGCUUUGGGAUCAUGUUCCUCUUCCUUCAACUAUGAUGUUUUCCUCAGCUUCAGAGGCGCAGACACACGACAUGGUUUUACCGGAAAUCUUUACAAAGCUCUUGAUGACAGGGGAAUCUACACUUUCAUUGAUGAUGAGGAGCUCCAGAGUGGAGAGGAAAUAACACCAGCACUUCUGAAGGCAAUUCAAGAGUCCAGGAUUGCCAUCACUGUGCUCUCUAUAAAUUAUGCUUCUUCCUCAUUUUGCUUAGAUGAACUUGCCUACAUUCUUGAGUGCUUUAAGAGCAAAAAUCUGUUGGUUGUGCCAGUCUUUUAUAACGUGGAUCCUUCUGAUGUCAGACACCAGAAAGGUAGUUAUGGAGAAGCAUUGGCUAAGCAUCAGGAAAGGUUCAACCACAACAUGGAGAAGUUGGAGUAUUGGAAGAAGGCUCUGCAUCAAGUAGCUAACUUGUCUGGCUUUCAUUUCAAACACGGAGAAGGGUAUGAAUAUGAGUUUAUUGGGAGGAUUGUUGAGUUGGUCUCCAGCAAGAUCAAUCAUGCUCCUUUGCCUGUUGCGGAUUACCCGAUUGGACUAGAAUCAAGAUUACUAGAAGUAACAAAGCUUUUGGAUGUUGAAUCUGAUGAUGGUGUCUACAUGAUAGGGAUCCAUGGAAUUGGUGGGAUAGGAAAAUCAACACUUGCUAUAGCAGUUUAUAAUUUGAUUGCUUGCCAUUUUGAUGGUUCAUGUUUUCUUAAAGAUUUGAGAGAAAAAUCAAACAAGAAGGGGUUACAACACCUCCAGAGCAUCCUUCUUCGGGAAAUACUUGGAGAGAAGGAAAUCAACUUAGCAAGUGUUGAACAAGGAGCUUCAAUUAUACAACAUAGGCUUCAGCGAAAGAAGGUUCUCUUGAUUUUAGAUGAUGUUGACAAGCAUGAACAAUUACAGGCUAUUGUUGGAAGACCUUGUUGGUUUGGUCCAGGCAGUAGAGUCAUCAUCACCACUCGGGACAAACAACUGCUAGCAUCUCAUGGGGUUAAAAGAACAUAUGAAGUGGAACUAUUGAAUGAGAACAAUGCUCUUCAAUUGCUUACAUGGAAAUCUUUUAAAACCGAAAAGGUUGAUCCAAGUUAUAAGGAGGUCUUGAAUGAUGUAGUAAUUUAUGCUUCUGGCCUUCCAUUAGCUUUGGAAGUGAUAGGUUCCAACUUGUUCGGGAAAAGCAUAGAAGAAUGGAAAUCUGCUAUCAAACAAUAUAAAAGAAUUCCCGGCAUUCAAAUCCUAGAGAUACUUAAAGUAAGCUUUGAUGCUUUGGAGGAAGAACAAAAGAAUGUUUUCCUUGACAUUGCCUGUUGCUUCAAUAGAUAUGACUUGACAAAGGUUGAAGAUAUACUUCGUGCUCAUUAUGGUGAUUGCAUGAAAUAUCAUAUUGGAGUGUUGGUUGAAAAAUCUCUUAUAAAAAAGAAGUUUAGUUGGUAUGGUAGAGUACCUAGAGUUACAAUGCAUGACUUGAUUGAGGACAUGGGAAAAGAAAUUGUCAGGCAAGAAUCACCGAAAGAGCCAGAGAAGCGCAGUAGACUAUGGUUACCGGAAGAUAUAAUUCAUGUUUUGGAAGACAACAGGGGAACUAGUGAAAUUGAAAUCAUAUGUCUAGACUUCCCCAGCUUUGACAAAGAAGAAAUAGUAGUAGAAUUAAAUACAAAGGCUUUCAAGAAGAUGAAAAACCUCAAAACACUUAUUAUUAGAAAUGGUAAAUUUUCCAAAGGUCCCAAAUAUCUUCCAAAUAACUUGAGAGUACUGGAAUGGUGGAGAUAUCCUUCACAUUGUUUACCAUCUGAUUUUCAUCCGAAAAAACUUGCCAUAUGCAAGUUACCCUUUAGUUGUAUUUCGUCAUUUGAGUUGGAUGGCUUAUGGAAGGUAAGCUUAAAGAGUACAUUUUCCACAUCUUGUUAUUUGAUAAAUUCACUUUUAAGAUUAUUCAUUCUGUUCUUAUUUCUUUUUUGUUUCUGUUUUUUUUUUUUUUGGCAGAUGUUCGUGAAUCUAAGAAUAUUGAAUUUUGAUAGGUGCGAAGGGUUAACACAGAUUCCUGACGUAUCUGGUCUGCCAAAUUUAGAGGAAUUUUCAUUUGAAUGCUGCUUUAAUUUAAUUACAGUUCACAAUUCAAUUGGUUUUCUGGAUAAGCUUAAAAUAUUGAAUGCUUUUAGAUGCAAAAGGCUUAGAAGUUUUCCACCUAUCAAGUUGACUUCUCUUGAAAAACUUAAUCUUUCAUUUUGUUACAGUCUUGAGAGUUUUCCAAAAAUAUUAGGAAAGAUGGAAAACAUAAGACAACUUUGUUUGUCAGAGUCUUCCAUAACAGAAUUGCCAUUUUCAUUUCAAAAUCUUGCUGGGCUUAGAGGAUUAGAACUGCUCUUUUUAAGUCCUCAUACAAUUUUUAAGGUGCCAAGUAGCAUUGUCCUGAUGCCGGAACUGACUGUAAUCCGCGCCCUGGGAUUGAAAGGGUGGCAAUGGCUAAAACAGGAAGAGGGUGAAGAAAAAACGGGGUCAAUAGUAUCUUCAAUGGUAGAAAUGCUUACUGUCUCAAGUUGCAACCUCUGUGAUGAAUUUUUUUCAAUAGAUUUUACUUGGUUUGCACAUAUGAAGGAAUUAUGUCUAUCCAAGAAUAAUUUCACAAUCCUUCCUGAAUGCAUCAAAGAAUGUCAAUUUUUAAGGAAACUUGAUGUAUGUGGCUGCAAGCAUCUUCGGGAAAUUAGAGGGAUUCCACCAAACUUAAAGCAUUUCUUUGCAAUAAACUGUAAAUCAUUGACUUCCUCAAGUAUAAGAAAGUUCCUAAAUCAGGAACUGCAUGAGGCUGGAAACACUGUGUUUUGUUUGCCAGGUAAAAGGAUUCCAGAGUGGUUCGAUCAGCAAAGCAGGGGACCUUCAAUUUCUUUCUGGUUUCGUAAUAAGUUCCCUGACAUGGUUCUUUGUCUUAUUGUUGCACCCAUUCGAUCCCAAUUUUUUCGUCCCGAGGUAUUCAUCAAUGGCAAUGAAUGUUCCCCUUAUAGUUGCUAUUUCCAGAAAGGAAUGCACCAUGCAUAUCUUUGUGAUCUACGAGAGAUAGAAUUCAGAAACAGUCCGUAUGAGGUGCCUUUCGAAAAUGGAUGGAACCAUGUGAAUGUUACAUGUCCUCGUUGUAUAGAUACCUAUAUCUACCCUGUUAAAAUGGGAAUCCAUAUAUUUAAACAGGAACAUGCCAUGGAGGAUGUUCGAUUUACUGAUCCUUUUAUAGCAAGAGAAAAUCAGACGAUGAUGUAGAAAGUUUGGAAUCACAAACCACCAGUUGCUAAAAGAGGGCAGGUUUGUGGACAUGGAACUUUCAUAGACAGUAUUUGUGCAACAGCAACAAUGUAUAGUUUUAUGAUCGCAUCCAUUGAGCUGGGCAGUGGAAAUUGUAUGAUAUUGUGAAGUUGGAUUAAAUUCAAUGGAUUCGAAGUAUAUAAGGGGCACAAUUAGUGUCAAAGGUAAAUUAAUUUCCCUUAUUAUUGCGAUCUGUAUAAAUGAAACAAAAGGAAAGAAGUAUUGGAACUAGAGUUCUCUCAAUUGGGGUACAUGAUUCUUUUUUUUCUUGAAGAAUAUAUAUAUAACAAAAACAAAAUUUGCUUCUGUUAGAGAGACUGAAUGAAAUUGAUGCUUUUGU